AUGGAAAUCAAAUACAACAGAUCUCUAAGUGGAGUACCAGAUAAUCAAUCAUAAUAACCUCUUAGAAGAAUAACCAAAACCUAUAUUGAAAAGAGAGACCCUGUAAGAAGGAAUUUAACUUAAUUGUACAAUGAAGACACCCAACAAAUUAAUAAGUCAAUGCUUGGCAGUAAUAAUGAUUUAAGGCGGAAAUAAGAAAGAGUCAAGCGAUCUCUCAAUUAAGAUGUUCUAGAAGAUAAGGAGAAUGUGCCUUAGCAUAAAGUCAUCGCAACUAAAAUUUAUACUCUCCCCUAAGAAUUCUCUGCAGUUACAAUUAAGGAGAAAUUCGAUCAUACUAUUUAGGAAAAUAAGAAUCUCUAAAAAUUAUAUACAGAUGAAAUAUUUUUCUACUUAAAAGAACAAGAGAAAAAGUCAACACCUUUAGAAUGGCUAAAGAAUCACUCAGUUCCAAGCAAUUUGAGAGCCAAAAUGAUUGAUUGGAUGGUGGAAGUCCUAUGUUCCUAUAAAUGCUCAGAUUAAACAUUUUUUGUAGCAGUAAGGACAAUGGAUUUCUAUUUUUCAAAAAGCAUCAAACAAUUAGAAGUAUCUGAUUUACAUCUAUGUGGUGUAACCUCUAUGUUUAUUGCUGCUAAAUAUGAGGAAAUUCAUCCUCUGAAAUUAUCUGUUGUUUAUGAUAAGAUUGCUCAUAAAAAACUAUCCACAGAUCAAAUAAAAAAGAAGGAGAGUGAUAUUUUGUAAACUAUAGGUUUUGAUUUGGUUGGUGGUACUCUUUAUGAUAUGUAUAAUCUAAUACUAACAAAUUGUUUUAUUGAAUAAAGACUACAAGAGAAAAACUAUAAAUAUCUCAAAAGAUUGUGUUUGUAUCUCUCAAAAAUGGUACUGUAUGAUUAUGAAAUUUGCGGGAAAACUAACUACACUUUAUUGGCUGCUGCUUCCAUUUUCGUUGCAUUUAAAAUAGUAGAACAAUUAGAUUCUAGUUUUAAUGCUGAUAGUUAAAUUAAAGAUGUUGCUUAAAUCAUUUAAGUCGAUCCAGAUUAGUUAAUAGAAACUGCAGCCAAGGUCUUGAAUCUAGCCAAAAACUUUGAGAAGCAUUUUCCGAAUUUGGAAAAUUUAAAAAAAUUUAAUGGAUUUUAGUUAGAAGAUGAUGAAUAAUGA